AUUUUCAUUUGCUUUCCGAACUGUACGAAUAAAUCACAAUGAACAUAUACGAGUUUUUUUUGGAAAUAGUCAUCGUUCUAGCAAUUAUACAACCUAUCACCGGGGAGUGUAAUGAAUUUUCUGGACCAUCCGGGAUCGUAGAAUGUUUUUCGUCUGCUCGAUAUAACGGAGACUACCAAUGGGGAACAUGUUUAACCAAGGCGUAUAUAGAACAACGGUCCGAGGGAAACUAUACUUGUGAAGAUCGUACAAGAACAUACUGUUACUACCAGUGUAUGCUUGAACAAUACGAAGUACUUCAAGGCCCAGUAAACGAGGAUUGUUCUUGCCGACCGGGUUACGCACUACAUAGUACAGAAGCGCCCUUAUCCGCUUGGUGCUACAGCCCUGAUGGAACAGAGUGUAGUUGGUAUAGGACAUGCUUAGAGAAGCGAUACCCCUGUAGUGGGUCUGAGGCAUCUUACGCAUUAGACUAUGGCGAUAAAUUCUGUAGUUUGUACACCCAAAACUACAAUGGUUUCGAUGAAAUAGGAAAGAAGUGGAUCGAUGCGGUGCGUAAAUGUCUCCAAGUUGCUCUUGUACCGUUGCUGCGUCCGUACAAUCACCCUAGCUGUGACGAAAUAAAAGACGCUGCAUUUAGAAGCCAUUCUGGGUGUUACGUAAGCCCGUACCCGGGUGCACCCUCGUUUUGUGACAUCGGAUGGUCCAACUAUUGGAAAGUUUUCUGGACAAUAAAGUCAGCUUUUGUAAGCAAUUUUUGGAACACAGUAGGGCAAGGAUUGAAAACGGGUUUCGGCUGCAUUAGUAAUAGGAUAGCAGAGCCGGAGGAUAUUCACAUGUUAAAAGUUUCUGUUGAGCAAAUAAUGGAUGAUAGUGUUGAAAAACUCGAACAAUCACUUACGGAGUACAUUCCCGAACAUGUUACAGUAUAUGUGUUUCAAGAUUCUAAUCGACGAGAAAGAAGUACAGAUCCGUCAAAUUCCAUAGUUAUGAAUGUGUUAUUAUUUGAUCGGAUAAAAUACGACCUCAACUAUAAAAACGUUUCUAACAUCAGUUUUGACGGCGUUAUAACACAACUGGAGGAUGACAUUGAAACUGGACAGUAUCAACUUGAUAUUGGAGUUCCAAUAGAAGAGAUCAGCUUUUGCCCAGAUAUUGAAUGCCAUAAUAUAACAAGAAAAGUGGUACUUGGUUCGGAAAAGGAAAGUACAGUGGUACCUGGUCCGGAACAGGAAAGUACAGUGGAACCUGGUCCGGAAAAGGAAAGUACAGUGGUACCUGGUCCGGAAAAGGAAAGUACAGUGGUACCUGGUCCGGAAAAGGAAAGUACAGUGGUACCUGGUCCAGAAAAGAAAAAUACAGUGGAACCUGGCCCGGAAGUGGAAAGUACUGGAUUGUCUAUCGGGGUUAUAAUAGUUGGGUUUGCCGUCCGCUCUCGGACACUGUUGCUGUUAACUCUAUUGCUGGUAGGAAGCGUAGGACACAAAAGAUCCCACAUGGCCGUCGCCAUGAGACUCGAAGGGAAGACGGGUGCAGGCACACCGGAAGAACGUGCCGUGUAG